AUGGAUCCACAGGCAGAAGAAGAGGAUGUCGACGUCUUCCGCAACGUCGGCCAAGGUCUUGUAGGCAGCUAUCGAGAGAUUAUGAUCCAAUAUUGGCAGGAACUGAUCAAUGAGAUCGAGUCAACCAAUGAGCCUGGAAGUGAAUAUCAAGAUGAUUUUAAAUCGCAUUCUCUUCCUCUAGCAAGAAUAAAAAAGGUUAUGAAAACCGAUGAAGAUGUUCGCAUGAUAAGUGCAGAGGCGCCUAUACUAUUUGCAAAGGCUUGUGAGAUCUUUAUUACAGAACUGACUAUGAGGGCGUGGUGUGUCGCUGAAGAGCACAAACGGCGCACUUUACAAAAGUCUGACAUCGCUCAGGCUCUCCUGAAAAGCGAUAUGUUUGAUUUCUUGAUUGAUAUCGUACCUAGAAAUAUGGAGUAG